GUUUUUGCGCUUUGCCACCGGAAACUUCUAUGUCCGGUGUAAUGUCCAAUGAUAUACCUCGUGACAUCUGUAUCCUUGUGUGUCUUUCCUUCCUAUUCCAUUUUGGGUAUGCAUAGCGUUGCUCUUCCUCUGGUGUGUUUAUGGAGUAAUUGAAGCAGUUGAAAUUAGUACUGAUAUACGUGUACAUGUGUCUGUGGGGUGUAUUUAUGGAUUAAAAACAAUUUUGCACAUCAUUGGAAAAACUGCAGAAGAUAUUAUUUUGAACAAAAAUGGCGGAUAGUUUGGAAUUAGAUCAACAGGAGUUAAAAUAUCUCAUGGUAGAUCAAAAGAAAAAUUUUGUAGACCAGACGGAAUGGGCGUCUAAAAAAUUAGUGUGGAUCCCUCAUGAGAGCCAGGGGUUUUGUUCGGCCAGUAUAGUUAAGGAAGUCGAUGAAGAAUAUGAAGUAGAAAUAGAAGAAACCAAUAAAAGAGUGAAAGUGCUCAAAGAGGAGAUCCAGAAAAUGAAUCCUCCAAAAUACACCAAAGUAGAGGACAUGGCCGAACUCGUCUGCCUGAACGACGCCUCUGUACUUUACAACAUCAAGGACCGGUACUAUUCGGAUUUGAUCUAUGUAAGUUUUGCAUACGUCUGCAAAUGAAAAACAAUUUCUUCC